CAAUGGAACCGAAACCAAUGGCCAAUGGUUUUGCAUUCCCAAAAACCUACACCCACCUUUUUGCAACAAUUUGGUUCACUUCUUCGUGGCUGCUUUUAUGCGUUCCACCAUGACAUGUUCCUUACUUUGUUGAUAUUGCAUCGUGCAGGCGCCGGCCCCGGAAAACCGGGCCGCAAAAAAACCAGAGGCUGUACGUCAACCAGAGGAAUGCUGACUCUGAGUUUCAGACGUUUUUGAUGGACACCUUGAUUGAUGUUGGUCGAUACAAUGUUUUGGAUGUUUUGUUGGUCAGAAGUGCGAGGGCGUGAGGAUGUUGCGGCUCUCCUGUCGGCUCAAAAGAAUGGAGCCGUUUCUUUCCUUUUAGACUUAGACAUUUGACGCAUCUAAGACGACAUGUUCAAGACGGGGGGGGGCCGAAAUGGAUCCGAGAUGUGGAUCCUCAAAAUCCUCAGAAUCCUUGUUCCAAUCCACUCCGGGCAGUUUAGCCAAGAGAGCCGCGUGGGGUGUUUCGACGCCCAGGUGGGCUACACCGGAGACGGAAUGAACUGCGGCCGUGGGGGAUGCGGGUUCAACUCUUCAUGCGGUGGCGCCCAAAAACGGCGAUGGCCUCACUGCUGGCAGGGAAGGGCGCCGGCGCCUGGCAGCCUGGAGUCUCCGCCACGAAAAAGCCCUGGCGCCACGUGCCGAGCCAUCACACCUGGGAGCCAAGGUCUUGGUGCCCUGCCUGGGUGGUUCUCUCCCUGCCAUGAGCCUUUGAAAACACGCCUCGUUCAGCUUCUUCUUGAAGCUUUUUGGGAUCCCGCGACCGGGCGGCGCCGGGACCGCGUGGGGACCGCCGUCGGCGUGCGAUUGGCGCCGUCUCUGGGACCGGUGCGAGCGAACCGAGCACAGGUGAGCUGCCCGGACGAAAGGGCAUCGUCCGCGAAACGUGGGUUGGGCGAACACGUGUGAAGUCCUGACCGCUUGGCAUGGCGCGAGUGGCUGGAAGAGAUGCUUGAGGAAGUAUAGGACAGCGAAAGACCCUUUCAGACCGAAUCAGAUGCUAGCUGCUAGCUCAUGAUUUCCAUUGCAAAGCUUCAGCAUCUGUGAGGCACCACUUGCCUCACCGUGACUUCACAUUCGUGCGUGGCACCACUUCCCGGUUUGCGCUCACGGUUGCACCCACUCAGCGCUGCGUGCGCUGCGUGCGCUGCGAGCUCUGCGCUGCCUCGACCAAGGCCUGGGGGGCCUGGAGGUGAACAAAGCCCGUACGGUGUGAAAACACGCCCUGGCCGCGGGGGGUGGUUGGAGGACACAUGAGGUAUUUGGUUGGAGGAAGAUAUGGG